AUGCGAUGGCAAUAUUCCCUGCAGCUACUGUACUCGCCGGCAACGGGCCUCAACGUGCCAUUAUUCCCCCCAGCACCGCCGACGCACGCAGGUGGCCCGGACGACAGUCACGCCAUCGCCGUCCGCCCCUGGUCGCCGGGCCCGAGGUCGUCGUACAGUCGUCAGCAAAGCCAUACCGCCACGCCAACGCCUCGAGUCGACACUUCACAAGAGGCCGCCGAUGACGAGACUGAAGUUCCACGAGAGGCCCGGCUCCUGAGAGACGCACAAGGAAAGCUCAUCUUCAUUGGCGAUUGCGCGCCACUGUCCUUCUUUCAGACUGUGCGGCAGCUUGUAUCGAGUCGCGUUGAUGCCAAUGCCUUCGCUCAACAUGUGAAUCGUUUCUCUGGUAGCGACAGCGCCAAUUCCAAGCCGUCGCACUGUCAGGGCUCCGGCACACUGCCCGUACUGCACCGCGAUACGAUACCUACUGCCGUUGCUGCCUACUCAUCCGUGACGAGCGGUAUUGUUGAUUUAUUUUGCCACACAAGAGUUCGUGAUGACAUUGCUCUGUGGGCCAGUCAAACUGAGCGGCACGAUGUCUCAUCUGCUGUGCACUUUUUGGUACUGGCCAUUGGCUACCAAGCCACACAUGAAGACCUCGCCGUGACGUACUUUGACCAUGCUCGGAAUAUUGCCCUUGCCAACCUCACCGGUAACCUGACAGUAUCGACAAUCCAAGCCUUCGUCCUCAUCACAGUGUUCAUGCUUGGUUCUUGUCAAACCAACGGCGCGUUCCUCUUUUGCGGUAUCGCUGUGCGCGCUGCAUAUUCCAUUGGGGUCCACCGUACGGAAAUCAACACGCGCUUUGGGCCUGAAACUCAGCGCCAACGUGACCGCCUAUGGAAGAGCAUGCGCAUCUUGGACCUUUUCCUCAGCACAUCUAUGGGACGACCACCCGCGACUUCUGACGUCGACUGUACUGUCUCGUAUUCGGCGCCGGAUGAAGACGGCCAGGAGGCCUUCGAUAUAUUGAACUCUUCUGUGCAAAUAUUCUUGAUCGCCGAAGAGAUCGUCGUCGAAGUAUACUCGCGCAAAAAGAUAUCUUACCAAUUGACCGAGGGCAUUUCUCGACGACUUCGCGACUGGUCCAUCAGGUGGCUGCCUAAAUUGAAGCACGUUAUCGCCAGCCCACCAGCAGAAGGCAACGGAACGGAAGUCACAGGCGCAUCUGUCAUACUGGUGUCGCGUCCUUUCUUGAUGUAUGAGCUACACAAGCGCCUUUCCGACAGCCGGGCGGGGCAACCAACCACGCAGUCAGGCCUUUCCUCAGGCAAAUCGAAGCUCGCAGAUGCCUGUAUCGAUGCCGCUAGCUUCAUGGUAGAGCCAGUGGCUGAGCUUAUUGACAAGGGGUAUCUCCAAGGCCAUGUUCCUCUGGUGGUAUCCUGGCUGUUUGCCUCUUCCCUCGUACUUGGUAUAGGACUCCUCGGGUCUUUUGGUCGCAUCCUUGAAAAAUACAGCCGAAGAUCAAUCCAAGCCCUGGAGCAUUUCGCCAAACACGACACGAAUGCUGGGCAGUACGCCCUCAUCGCCAAAUCUCUCCUUUCAUCUGCGCUUGAGUACUUGGAGAAGAAAGAACUCAACGAGCGGAUUCAGCGAACGGAAAGCUCAUCACAGCUGUUUGGUCUUGUUCCACGCGAAGGCCAAGAGGCCCUGCCGCAGCAGUCGUACUCUCAGUCGGUCUCGGAUCGUCGCAACUCGCCGGCUCGAAACUCUGGGGCCUCCGGCUAUCUCGGCCUCGGAACGCCACCUUUCGGUGAUAUUUAUACGGGAUUCCUGGGCAUGUCGGACUCUUUGCCCCAGACACCAAAUCAUUCGGCGUUUCUCGAAGGGAGAAUGGAUACUGGUGGGGAACCCGGUUUUGGUGAUCUCAAUCUCUUCCAGCUGCUGGACGGAGAAGGACACAUCGACCUUGGAUCAUUCAUGUGA